AUGGGAUACGAAGUCAAGAGGAUCCACGAGGUUUGGCAUUGGGAUGAUCACAAAUGGUUCAAAGGAGGAUUUUUCGAGAAGUUUUUGGCUCCGCUUUUGACGUUGAAGCACGAGGCUUCUGGAUGGCCGCGCCCUGACAUGCCCGCCGCCGAGAAACAGAAACACAUCGACGACAUUUUGGAGAAUGAUGGCAUCCUGAUUGAUGAGGCAAAUGUUGCGAAGAACCCGGCACUCCGUCAGCUUGCCAAACUAUUCUUGAAUAGCGCGUGGGGGAAGUUUGCACAGAACCCACUGAAGACGGAGAUCAAAAUGUUUGACGUAAACGAUGGAUACGCCGUUUUUGAGUUUUUCAAUUCAAAGCAUCAUCAGCCGGUGUCUCUAGACACAUUCGGGAGCAAGCAUAUCAUUGCAUCCAGGGAGCCACUCAAAGAAGGAUUAAUUGGCGCAAAGUACACAAACAUUGUGUAUGGAUCCAUCACCACUGCCACAGCCCGGAUGCGUCUAGACGUUAGCAAACAAUCAAAACAAGACCGGAUGAUAUAUGUGGACGGAUGCACAGCUUAUCGAAAAUUCUAA